CCUAACAGUCUGGAAGUUUGAUCCUCUGGUUUGGGUAACUUUUCCAUCAAUCUUCUAAUGUCCAUUGUCUGAAAGGACAGAAAACACGGUGCUUGCCGUCAUUACGGAGUCCCAUCUUUGCUUUGUGCAUAAGUAGGACGAACCGAGCUUUUAAAACUAUCAUCAAGAACCACAAGCAAACCAAAGAAGCGCAGGACUCUUAUCGUUCACGACAAAUUCCUAUGGAUCCCAGGCUCUCCAGAGUUAUCCAGUACGAAGAUGUCACCUCUCUCCGGGCCUUAUUAGCAGAAGAUCCGCUGAUUCUGGACAAAGCCUUGCUGGGACCAACGGCAGAGACUCCUCUUCAUUUGGCUGUGCUCGCUGGAAAUAGCGAGCUCGUGAAGGAGAUUGUUAGCAGGAAGCCCAAUUUUGCAAGGGAAUUGAAUCAUGAUGGACUUACGCCGUUACACAUUGUGUCCGCCACGGGGAAUUUGGAAGUCGCGAGGGAGCUUCUAACAGUAGGCCCUGAUCUUUGCAUGAUCAAGGACAAGGGCGGCAGGACACCGCUCCACUAUGCGGCCAUCAAGGGCAGGAUCAAGGUAAUCGAGGAGUUGCUCUCUCAGUGUCCUCAAGCCCUCAAGGAACGCACCGCUCGUGGCGAGACCGCACUUCACCUGGCAGUGAAGAACAGUCAAUCUGAUGCGCUCAAGAAGUUAGUGGAGAAGGUCAGUGAAGAUGGAGAUGCAGACGACCUUGUGACUGCCAAGGAUGACGAUGGGAACACAAUCUCACAGCUGGCUGCGGCUUCGAAACAGCUCCAGAUCCUAAACUUCCUGAAGAAGCAAAACUUGGUGGGCGCAGACACUAUUGACGUUGUUUCAGGUGAUCAGCUAGAUGGACAAACUAAAGCCGAGCCUCAAGCAAAUCGAAACAAGAAGGCAGUGACAAAGGCGGACUCAACUCAGCAAUCGAGCCAAUCUACGGACGAUGACUCGAGCAGCAGCAUAUGGUCGGAAGUGGAGGAGAUGGUGCUAGUCGUGGCCAGUUUAUUAGCGACCAUCACGUACCAGGCAGGACUGUCUCCUCCGGAGACCAUUUGGAGCGACAACAUGAAGCAAGACACGCGAUGCACGUCCCACCAUUCCUUCUUCAGCUCGACAGAUCUGUGCCCCGUGGCCGCUUACUAUCUCUUCAUGUCCUUCAACACUUCUGGGUUCUUCUCCUCCAUUUUCCUCAUAUUCUUCUUCAGGAAGCCAUCCUACGUCCAGGUUCUGCUGCCCGUGGCUCUGCUUUCCAUGGUUGUCACCUACAUGACUCUUUCCGUGACCUUGUCCCCGAAUGGUCUCUCCUUGCUCUUGAUAUACGUCAUCACUCUCGGAUCUUCCUCUAUUGCAUGUUGGCAGUCCAAGUGGUCAAGACCAUCUUCCGCAAUGCCUUCAGCUUUGCUGCCGGCAAAAUAAGCAACGUGACAAAGGCGAUGAAAAACCGAAGGUCAUCUUCAGCGAGCUUCUCCAAAAUGGGCGCAUGAUUUUUGGUUCAUUCAAGUCAAUCUGCUAUCUACAUGUGAAUGGUAAUAUCAUUAUGGUCUGUAACUUCAGCGGUUUGCGCUCACUUGUGGAGCGGUUUGAGAGUGUCUCGCAUAGUUUUCCUUCUAGUGUCAUCAUGUGCUGUGCUUUCCCCUUCCUUGUGCAUACGUACCAGUAGAAAAUGAUGUACUAAAGAUAGAUUUCUUCAGUUGAUGUACUAUUAUACUGUUCAUAUGAGUUGGUAGUUGUUCUUGCUCGUUCGCCAAAA